CCUUUUUCCCUUUUUCCCUUUUCUUGCUCUUCUUCUACGCGCUUCCUCCUGACCGCCGACGCUCGGCCUCGAUCUUGCUUGCUUGAUCCCCCCCAAACAUCGCCAACUUGGUCCGCGCGCCAUCACCCCGCCGCCAUGUUGCUCUUCAUCCACCGUCCUUUCGAGGCGCUUGCCUCAAAUUUCGGUGCUUCUGCCGAUGAAGUCAAGCUCAUCUUCUCCUUCCUAAUCUCAUUCCCGCUCGCCGGCCUGCUCAAACGCAUUCCCGACUCGAGGCCCGAUGCCAAGAACCUCUUUUCCAUUGGCGUUUCUCUCUUCUACCUCGUCGGCCUCUUCGACCUCUGGGAUGGCAUCCAAACUCUCCUCAUCAGCGCUGUCGGCGCCUAUUGCAUCGCCAAGUUCCUCCGCUCCAGCCCCUACAUGCCAUGGGUCGGCUUCGUCUUCGUCAUGGGCCACAUGUCCAUCAGCCACAUCGCCCGCCAGGCUGCCGAUAGCCCCUCCUCCGUCGAUGUCACUGGCGCCCAGAUGGUCCUCCUCAUGAAGCUCAGUGCCUUUUGUUGGAACGUCGCCGACGGUCAACUCGCUCCAGACCUGCUCUCCGACUUCCAGCGCGACCACAUGCUCAAAGAACUGCCUUCCCUCCUCGACUACACCGGUUGGGUCUUCUUCUUCCCAGCUCUAUUUGCAGGCCCUUCCUUUGACUUUACAGACUAUCGUCGCUGGCUCGACACCUCUAUGUUUGACGUCUCCCCCCAGGUGGACCCCUCUAAGAAACCUCCCGUCAGGAGGAAGCGGAAGAUCCCUCGCAGUGGCGCUCCGGCUGCCUGGAAAGCGUUCAGUGGUCUGUUCUGGAUUGGCCUGUUCGUGGCUCUGUCCGGUUCAUACAAUCCCGGCACCCUGACGGCGGACUCCUUUGUCGAGUACGGCUUCUUUCGCCGCGUUUGGAUCAUGCACGUGGUCAACUUUGUCGCCCGCCUCAAGUACUACGGCGUGUGGUCCCUCACUGAGGGCUCCUGUAUCCUCACUGGCUUAGGAUACAACGGUGUCGAUCCCGUUACCGGAAAGAUCUCGUGGAACCGACUGCAAAAUAUUGACGCCUGGGCGGUCGAGACAGCCCAGAACCCGCGAGGUUACCUCGGCGGCUGGAACAUCAACACCAGCAACUGGCUGCGGAACUACAUCUACCUACGCGUCACCCCGAGGGGCAAGAAGCCCGGUUUCCGCGCAAGCAUGGCGACAUUUGGCACCAGCGCCCUCUGGCAUGGCUUCUACCCCGGCUACUACUUAGCCUUUGUUCUCGCAAGCUUCAUUCAGACCGUUGCCAAGAAUUUCCGACGACACAUCCGCCCCUUCUUCCUCGACCCUAUCACCGGCAACCCUACUCCCAAGAAGAAAUACUACGACUUUUUCUCCUACCUCGCCACCCAACUCACCUUUUCCUUCACCACGACCCCAUUCCUUGUACUCUCGUUCAGUGGCUCCAUCCUCGCAUGGAGACGCGUUUACUUCUACGCCGUCAUCUGGACUCUUGCCUCCCUGCUCUUCUUCUCAUCCCCUGGAAAGGCCGCCCUCCGGAAGCAGCUCGAGAAGCGCCAGGGCAGGGUGAGUGCCAGGUUGGUGCGCUCUAUCAGCACUGACAGUCUCACGGGCAAGGAGCCCAUUCUCGGCAUCUCUAAGGAUAUAGAAGACGACAUCAAUGAGGCUGUUCGAGAGAUUCGAGCCGAAGUCGAAGCCCGGCAGAAGAAGCAGAAGGCGAGUUGAUUCAAUCAGCCUCCAGGCCACAUUAGUACAUGUAGUUGAACUACUGAUCUCCAACCAACCCUCAUGUGUUUUCGUUGGUAUACACCAUUUUUCCACACCAUGCGAGCACAUGAACCUACGUAAAAGGUGAUAGAGUCAAGUGGAAGGAACUGAAAGUAUAACAUGAUAAAUCUAGUUGUAGAUUCUACAUCACAUCAUUAGAUCUAAGUCUGGGAUGGCCUUUGAAGACCCUCCUGUUUGUGCC